AUACUGUGCACCUCUGUUGUUCAUUAAACUUACUAUUUCGCUGUACCGUAUAGUUUCUCGACCUGUCUUGCUGUUACCGACGGCGACACGCAACUUAGUGAAUUGGUAUAUCCCUAAUCCCUAAAAACAAAAAAACAAUUUCAGUCGUGAGAGAAAAUGUCUAGACGGCAACCCCCUAAUAGAGGACAGCAACCGAUCAAUGUGGUCGAAAUUGACAGUAGUGACGAUGAGGAAGAAGGCGCAACGGUUGUCGCCCCGAGUAAAAGGUCGUCAUCGUCAGAUACAAAACCAAAACCAAAAGCACAGCCACAACAGAACCAGAACCGGAGCCCUGAAGCAAUCGGACUAACACAACCGACGCCGAACCUUCAAACUCUUGAGUGCCGCAGUUUCUGGAAAGCUGGGGCUUGUGUUGUGGGCCCCACAGCCAGAACCGCUCCUCCUCCAGGUGAGUUAGAGCAUGCACGGGUUCAUCCGAAGUUUCUCCAUUCAAAUGCAACUUCGCAUAAAUGGGCGUUUGGAGCAAUUGCUGAGCUACUGGAUAAUGCUGUUGACGAGAUUCAUAAUGGUGCAACCUUUGUGAAGGUUGAUAAAAUUGAUAUCAUGAAGGACAACUCUCCUGCUUUACUUUUCCAAGAUGAUGGUGGUGGAAUGGAUCCUGAUUCUAUCCGGAAAUGCAUGAGCUUGGGUUACUCUUCAAAGAAAUCUAACAAGACAAUUGGACAAUAUGGUAAUGGAUUCAAGACAAGUACCAUGCGAUUAGGUGCUGAUGUUAUUGUUUUCAGUCGUGCAUCUCGUGCAAGCAAGGCUACUCAGAGUGUUGGCCUUUUAUCCUAUACUUUUUUGCGGAAAACUGCGCAGGAUGAUGUUAUUGUUCCUAUGAUUGAUUUUGACAUUUCUGGCCAUUGGGCAGAACCAAUAAUUUAUAGCUCACAUGAUGAUUGGUCUGCCAACUUGACAACUAUCCUUGAAUGGUCUCCUUUUACAUCGAAGGACAGGCUUUUGGAACAGUUUGAGGAUAUUGGGCGGCAUGGUACAAAAAUAAUAAUAUACAACUUAUGGCUGAAUGAUGAAGGCAUAUACGAAUUGAGUUUUGAUGAUGAUGAUGAGGAUAUACGGUUGAGGGAUGAAGCUAAUCGUGGAGGUCAAACAAAACUACAAAAAAAAAUUGUGGAACUUCAAUCUCAUAUUUCUUAUCGCAUUCGCUAUUCGUUGAGGGCUUAUGCUUCAAUUUUAUACCUUAGAAAGUUCACAAACUUCAGCAUUCUUUUAAGGGGCAAGCCUUUACAACAGUUCAAUAUUGCGGAUGAGUUGAAAUACUUGAAAACAGUGACAUACAGGCCUCAGAUGGGAAUAAUGGCAUCAAAAGAGGUUGCUGCUGUUGAAACAACUAUUGGUUUCAUAAAAGAGUCACCUGCUCUUGGAGUUUGUGGAUUCAAUGUAUAUCAUAAAAAUCGGCUUAUCAGGCCCUUCUGGAAAGUUACUGCUGAAGGUUCUUCUAAAGGGAAUGGUGUUGUUGGAGUUCUUGAAGCAAAUUUUAUAGAACCAGCACAUGAUAAGCAAGAUUUUGAGAGGUCUUCACUUUUUAUCCGACUGGAAGCUAAGCUGAAACAAAUACUCGUGGAUUACUGGAACCACCACUGCCAUUUAGUUGGCUAUCAACCUCCUGGUUUUAGAGCGCAAAACACAGAAAAGAAAGAUAGUGCUAAAUCACAGAAGCAGAUGCCUGAAGAAGAAGUGCAUCUAGAUCAACAUGUUAAUGAUCCUCAUACUUGCUUACCACAUACGAACAAUGGACUACUUGGAAAUGGUGGCCGAUUUAAUUUGCCUGUGGAAAUUCCAACUACUGGUUUUGCAGAUGCACAUAAUGAAGUUGUAAACGAAGAUGGUCAAGAGGCAAUAUCUGUUGAUCAGAUUUGUGAAGAGAAUAUACAACUUUUUAUGAGGUGUGAGGAAUUCAGGCAGAAGGAGAUGGAGUUAAAACAAAUGGUAACUGAAUUAGAGAGGGAGUUGGAGCAGGAAAAGAGGAAGCGCGCUCAACUUGCUGCGCACUUGGAGACUAAAAGGAAGCAAAAGAUGACGAAACGACAAACUGAGAAAGUUUCAUAAUGCUAAUCUUUACGCCUUGAGGUGGGCAAGCUACAAACAACGCCGAACUGAUGAUCUUACAAGAAUCACUAACUAAAAAAAUCGAGUUUGAAAUAGUUAUAUUAUUAUUAGAGAACUUCCAACUCCUGUUAUCAGAAACUUUUAACAGUUAAUCUUUUGUGGAAAUAGGUCAAGUUCAGUUGGUUAGUUGGUACCUACUUUUCUAGUAUGUGAGAGAGAUAUGACGGUGGUUUUGGCCGCUCCAAUGUAUAGAAACAACAAAAGUACUCGGUAAACAACAAACGACAAUACAAAAAAAAAAAAUUAAUACAGCAUAA